GAUCAUCCCACUGCUCUUCGUUUUGGGGGACUACACGACUUAGACACACGCGCUCCCCCAGAACAACAGUCUCAACCUCCUGCGUUCCUGCUCAGUCAUGGCCAACGCUUUGCGGACGUCGGUCCGACGCUUUACGACCACAGCUGUUCGUGCAGCGGCUGCCGAGCCAGUUAACGCAUAUGGGAUCCGCGUCUCCAAGGCCCAAGGAGUGGUUGACACGCUUACAGGAGCAAUCGGCAAUACUCCUCUGAUAAGACUACAAAAGCUGUCCGCCGAAACGGGUUGCAACAUCUUGGGUAAAGCCGAGUUCCAAAACCCCGGCGGUAGCGUCAAGGACCGUGCGGCCCUAUAUGUUGUGAAAGAUGCAGAAGAGCGAGGUCUGCUGAAGCCAGGAGGCACCGUCGUCGAAGGGACUGCCGGCAAUACUGGCAUCGGGCUGGCACACGUCUGCCGGGCGAGGGGAUACAAACUGGUCAUCUACAUGCCAAACACCCAGUCACAGGGCAAGAUCGAUCUCCUGAGACUGCUGGGUGCCGAAGUAUAUCCUGUUCCAGCUGUUGCGUGGGAGAACCCAGAAAACUAUAACUGGCAGGCCAAGAGACAUGCAGAGAGACUGCGGAAGGAAGAUCCCGAACACGGUGCUGUAUGGACAAACCAGUUCGACAAUACUGCCAAUCGCCUGGCGCACGUUGUAACGACAGGACCAGAGAUCUGGGCGCAGACAGAUGGCAAAAUUGACGCGUUCACUUGUGCGACUGGAACUGGUGGGACACUUGCCGGCGUCACUCGAUACCUCAAGGACGUCAGCAAUCACUCCGUCAAGUGCUUCCUGGCAGAUCCUCCAGGCUCGGUCCUCUAUUCCUACAUCACCUCCGGCGGCCAGCUCAAAGAGAGAACGGGUAGCAGCAUCACCGAAGGCAUUGGGCAAGGUCGUGUGACCGACAACCUGAAGCAGGAAGUCAAUGAACUCGACGGCGCUCUAAAUAUCUCCGACGAGAAGACUAUUGCCAUGGUGUACCGCUGCUUGGACGAAGAGGGGCUGUACCUCGGAGCCAGCAGCGCACUGAAUGUGGUCGCCGCGAAAGAGGUCGCGGAGAAGCUGGGGCCCAACCACACGGUUGUCACCGUCUUGUGCGACGGAGCAUACAGAUAUGCGGAUCGGCUAUUUAGCGACAAGUGGCUGAAGAGUAAAAACCUGAGAGAAGCGAUACCCCAGCAUUUACAGAAAUACAUUGUGUUGCCAUAGAACAGUCGGAGCAAACGCCAAAGCCAGUCCGAGACCAUUGAGCAGUGAACACUCUCACACCACGUACUCGAAACACGGCGUUUACGGAUUCAAUCCGAUCAUAUUCUAUGGACGAUUGAUGUAUUCGCCGGGCGACCGAGCGAUAAGCCAUGGCAUCCAACUAUUUCGAUCAAGUCCCGGGCUUUUCAUCUCAGCUGAGACUGUCAGAGUGUGAAAGGUGCGUUGAUUGCUUGCCUAGAGCCCUUCAGGCCCAAGGGCAAGACGAUAAACGUUGUAAACACAAGAGGUCGGUGACGGUCAUGUGAUUAGUAAUCAUGUGAUACUGAUCACGUGGCAAUUUUGACAGAGACGAGCUCUUCCUAUGAGACUUUCCGACUCCGUCUCCCUACCAGGCCUUGGAGACGAUCCAAUGGUUUUCAACUCGCACACAAGAACAUCCGCCGCCACGGCCUCCUCUGGUCAUGAAUGCUUUCUAAGUCAUGACCUCCACUUGCGCACCUCUUUGGGUAACGACCUGGUUGCUCAAAACCCGCGCAUGGCCAGCUGCUUCUUCUCGUCACUCUCAUAGCACUGAAUUGCCCCGAUCCAAUACUGCGUGUGGUGGCAGACGUCCUGGGAGUUGUCGAUGCUCCAGCUCCCGUCACCGGUGCAGUCGUGGUUCUUCCACAGCAUGCACUCGGCAAAGACGCCUGUGCACUCGGUGAUCCAGACGUUGUUCAUGUCGAUCAGGAGAGAGUGGCACGCGAAGUCGUUGAUGACGUACUCUUCGACCGAGUGCUGGCCGCAGCCGGCGUCGUUGAAUUCGAAGAUGCAGCACUCGGUGCAGGUGGAGCUGGGUCGCGGGUCAGGUAAGGUCAGCCAACAAGAAAUCAUCCCCGAGGUAAAGGAUCGGCAAGCUUUCUGUGUGGGAUGUGACAAGAUGAGCGAAAGAGUGAAGUUGUGGCUUACCAUCCCGCCUGGUUUUCGGGUUGGGUUGGGCCGCAGGAAGCUUGCUGGGUGAGGUUGCGAGGCGCCAGAAAUCGAACACCGCUCGCGACAGACAGGUCUGCUGUUGGCGGCGGCAUGGCGGCGGCGAGGUGCAGAUUGACCAGCAUCGAGACAGCCAGCGCGGCGAGGAACACGACGACGUUGUUGAUGGUGCAAGUCAUGAUGAGCUUCUUGGUCCGUUGAUGAUGGUUUGAUCGUGAGCUCGGCGUGUGUGCACGGGGUUAACGAAGUGUGAUGUUCAAGUGAGGAAACUAGUCCAGACAGAGAAAAACGAGAAGAUACGGUGAUGACCAGACCGCGAACUUGCAGAGUCUCGCUCGUGCUUCACUGAACAAGUGAAAUUCACGCAUGCCAUCCUUUGUCACUGUCGUCGUCACUGCGGCUGCCGUUACGUCUUUGCUUCAUACUAAGCCUAGACAUGUGAAAGCAUCAAGUCAAGACAACCCUCCCUUUUCUGUGUAGCAGAGGUACCUCUACGCCGGAAGAUCCACAUAUCUUACGAGGAUUUAACAUGCUCCGAUGCCUCAGUCAGACACGACAUGCAAGGGUCAAAAAGCAUCGCAAAGCACUCGUGACGGCGUGACGGUUUGACGCUGCGUCGAAGUCAAAAGCAGGGGAUGCGAAUGCAGCGGAAUACAGCACGUACAAGAUCAAGGUGCGACGCAAAGGGACUGGCUGGCAAAAAGGCUGGGAAGGAAAAUGAAAAGCAAUGAAAAACAUCCUCCCGACGACGACGCGGUACAUGGAUCACACACACGCGCAAGAAAGAAACCUCCAAAGCGAAUGGGUUUUGUAUUCGUCGUGUCCUGUGCAAGAUGCUCCCUGCAACAAGCUUCUUCUGUGGUAGUCAAAAAGUAUAGAAUAAGCGACACUCGAGC